AUGGCGUCACCAGCUGGUGGACUGACUAUCAUGCAGAAAAAAAAAGACAAAGGGGAAAUGAAUGGCUUGGUCACUACGGUCAUCAAGAGCGAGAGCAGCAGGUCAACACUUCAAGCUUGUGACCCCAUACUAGCCAACUCCAAGCUGAAAUUAGGAUGCUCAGCGGUUCAGGUACUCCAAACAACACGCGAUCGACCCACUCUCGACAAGGCCACCAUCCAACUGCUCGAGAAAAAAGAAAAAAAGUCUCGUCAAAGGUCGGCCACAGACGCGAGCGGGGCGUGGUUGACGGUUUAUGAUAUAUCGCAUAGGUUGCGGAAAUGA